AUGCUCGUCCCGUCGGAUAUGAUUGCGGCGCAGUCCAAGAUGGUCUAUCAGAUGAAUAAAUAUUGUGCCGAUCGCGUACAAGUGCGUAAAGCACAAAUCCACAAGCAAAUACUCGAGGUGUGUCGCAUCGUGCAAGACGUCCUGAAGGAAGUCGAGGUGCAGGAGCCGCGCUUCAUCUCCUCACUAAACGAUUACAAUGGCCGCUUUGAGGGUCUCGAAGUGAUUUCGCCCAACGAAUUUGAAAUCGUGAUCUAUCUCAAUCAGAUGGGUGUGUUGAACUUUGUCGACGAUGGCACACUGCCCGGCUGCGCGGUACUCAAACUAAGCGACGGCCGCAAGCGCUCCAUGUCCCUUUGGGUGGAAUUCAUUACCGCGUCCGGUUAUUUAUCCGCGCGCAAGAUACGCUCUCGCUUUCAAACGUUGGUGGCGCAAGCUUGUGAUAAGUGCGCCUAUCGUGAUAUUGUCAAAAUGAUCGCCGACACGACGGAGGUGAAGUUGCGUAUACGCGAAC